CUGCUGUCCUCAAUCUGCCCGUGUGCCCGUAGCGACAGGACGCUCACCCUCGCUCUACUGCAGCAGCGACAAACAGGCGGCUCCAGCUCGGAAACGUCCCCUCGCUCUCGCUUGUGUGAGAAGCAAAGCGCUCGUUGAACUUGUCGGGACUUUUUUUUCGUUGCUGAUCGGAGUGACUCCCGUUCCCUGAGGGGGGGGGGUUAAAUAUCUGCUGCCCUCGCGAUGAGCGCUGCAGAAAACUGUGAGGCGGACUCCACCAAACUGGAGUGUGUGAUACAGAGGCUGGAGGAGAGUGUUUUGUCUGAGGAGAAGUGCUUGACGGUCCGGGGCCCCUCGCCCGAUGCCGCCCCCACGUGUCUCCCAGCGCGGGUCCGAGAGAUUGUGACCAAGAACCUCAGCGACAGCACGGCGGGAGCCAUGUCCUCCGUCAUGUCCCUCCAGGAGGAGAACCGGGUGCUGCAGGGGGAGCUGGCCCGGCUGGAGGACUCGCUGGCCCACAGCAGAGCCGACCGAGACGAGCUCGCCAUCAAGUACGGAGCCAUUAGUGAGCGGCUGGAGCAGGCCCUGCGCUUGGAGACGGGGGAGGGGGGCCGCGACUCCCCCGAGUCACUUAGCCUGACUCAGCAGAACGUGGACCUACGCAGGCGUCUGGACGAGGAGCAGGCGGCCUACAAGAGGAAGCUGACGGCCUACCAGGAGGGGCAGCAGAGGCAGGCCCAGCUGGUGCAGAGGCUACAGGCGAAGGUUCUCCAGUACAAAAAACGGUGCGGGGACGUGGAGCAGAUGCUGCAGGAGAAGUCCUCAGAGCUGGAGAAACACAUGCUGAGCGGUCACGGCGACGCGUCCAACGGCCACAACGAGGAGUCCAGCAGCAGCCUGGAAGACGCUUUAAUCCGACUGGAGGAGGAGCAGCAGAGGAGCAGCAGCCUGUCUGCGGUCAACGCCAUGCUGAGGGAGCAGCUGGAGCAGGCCGGCCUCGCCAACGAGGCUCUGAGCCGCGACAUCCGCAGGCUCACGGCCGACUGGACCAAAGCCCGGGAGGACCUGGAGCAGAAGGAGUCCGACUGGAGGAGAGAGGAGGAGUCGUUCCACAGCUACUUCAGCGGCGAGCACGGCCGCCUGCUGCUGCUGUGGCGCCAGGUGGUCGGCUUCCGGAGGCACGUGUGCGAGCUGAAGAGCGCCACGGAAAGGGACCUGUCGGACAUGCGCGCCGAGAUGUCCAGGGCGGCCCACUCGGCCCGGGCGUCCUGCGCCGGGCUGCACCAGCGGGAGGGAGGAGCCGCCGCCGCCCUGGAGCGCGAGAAAGCCCUGCGGCUGCAGAUGGAGCAGCAGCUGAGGGAGCGCGUGGCCGAGAUGAUGAGCUACCAGACCCGCACGGACGCGGAGAGGAGCGAGCUCGCCCUCAGACUGGCAGAUUCAGUGAGAGAGGGCGAACGACUGAAGGGCCUGAUUGAGGAGCGAGAGAGGGAGAUCGUCGCACUGACGAGGAAGAUGGAGGAGCAGAGCGGCAGCGACGAGACUGACGCGCAGACGGCGAGAGCCCACACGGAGGCGCUGAUGGACGCCCUGCGGGACAUCGCCCAGACGGUUCUGUCGGACGGGGAGUCGUCGUCGGAAGCGGACCAGGACCCUGCCGGGGCGCCGCUGCUGGCCCUGGUCACCUGUUCCCCGCGCGGGCCUCGCUCCCCCGCCCGACCCGCCUCGCUGGCGCCGCCCCCGGAGGCGCUGUCCGCUCUGUGCUCCGCGGUCACGAGCAAAACGCACCAGCUGCAGGACGUCCGGGCCCGUCUGCUCUCAGCCCAAACCUCAGUGCAACAGCUAAAAAAGCAGCUCGCAGAGACGGAGUCAGGUAAGAAAGAGGCCGAACAGCAAAGCCAGACUCAGCGCCGGGAGAGGGAGGCUGCUCAGAGGGAGCGCGACACCGCCCAGAGGGAGAAGGAGCGACUGAAGCAGGAGAGAGACGCACUGGCCCGGGAGAAGGCGGCCUUGGAGAAGAGCCUGCAGGCCGCGCACAGCGGCAGCCAGCUGCUGCAGAUGGACUGCGACAAGCUGCAGCUGAGCGCGGCGUCCGCGCAGCGCGAGCGCGACCGCGAGAGGGAGGAGAAGGAGGCGGCGGCGGCGGAGCGCGACCGGGCCAAGGCGGACGCUCAGAGGACACAGAAGCAGCUGGAGCUGAGCGAAACCCGCGCCUCGGCCCAGCGGGCGGAGCUGUCGGCGGCGAGGGAGGCCCAGCAGAAGGGGGAGGCGGAGCGGCAGCUGCUGGAGCGGGAGAAGGCCCAGCUGUCCGAGGCGCUGGCCCGGGCCGAGAGCAGCAACGCGGAGCUGUGUGUGCUGAUCAACAAGCUGCAGUCGGAGGACGCGGCGCGCAGAGACGCUCUGGCCAAGAUCAGCAGCAUGAACGAAGGCUUGGCCCAGGACAAGGUCCACCUCAACACCUACAUCCUCCAGCUGGAGGAGGAGAAGGCCCUGCUGCAGGAGCAGAAGCGGGAGGCGGAGAGGGAGAAGCUGACCAUCAGGGACGAGCUGGUCCGGCUGGAGCAGCACCGGCUGGAGCUGGACUCGGCUCGCAUCAGCCUGCACCGGUCGCUGCAGGACGCCGAGCUGGGCCGGGCCGGGAUGGAGGCGGAGCUGCAGAGCCUCAGGGCCGAGAGGCUUAAGCUGCAGGAGAAAGUCUCGCAGCUUUGUGGCGAGGUCGCCUCUCUAGGAUCGGAGUUGAGUCUGGCCAAAGGAGAGGUCCAGAGGAGCGAGGCGGCCGUGGAGGAGGCCGGCCGCAGCCGGGCGGAGCUGGCGCGGGACAAAGCAGCUCUGACGGUCCAGCUGACGGCGUCUGAGAAGGAGAACGCGGUCCUGUCAGAGGAACUGGCCGCUUCCAGGUCGGAGAGGGAGUCGCUGGAGACCAGUCUGUUCGAGGUGCAGCAGCAGCUGGUUCAGGCGGAGUCUCGCCGGGAACAGCUGGAGUCGGAGAGUCAGAACCUACGCGUCCGCUGCGAAACCGCGGCAGCUGAAAUAAGGCGCGUACGCUCGGACGGGGAGAGUGCGUUGGCGCAGGCUGAACGGGACAAACAGGCCCUGACUCAGAGUCUAAGCGCUGCUCAGCUCGAGGCCCAGCAGGCGCUACGCAAGGCCGUGACCGGGCAUCAGCAGGAGGUGGAGAGGCUCAUCUCAGAAAAGGAGGUCGUGCGGCACAGUUUGCUGACGGAGCAGGAGGUGAGUCUGAGGAAGCUGAGGCAGGAGAUGGAGGAUCAGGUCCAGCGAGCGCAGAGAGACAGGGAGGAGCUGCAGGAGGAAGCGAGGAGCCUCCAGCGGGACAGAGACCAGAGCCUGUUACAGGCCGAGGCCGACAAGCAGCAGGCGCUCUCGCUGAAGGAGGCGGAGAAGGCGGCUCUGUGCGACAGGGUGUCCGUCCUGCAGGCGGAGCUGUCGGCCGCAGCCCUGGAGGCCGAGCGCACGUCCCGACAAGCGGCUCACUUCCGGGAGCAGGAGCAGACCAGAGUCGGGGCUCUGACCGCGGAGCUGCAGGAGCUCCGCUCUCAGCUGGAGGACGCGGCCUCCGCUCACCAACGGGAGCUCCAGCUCCUGCAGGACACCUGCACCGACCUGCAGUCACGUGCCGCCAUUGCUCUUAAAGAGCUGGAGCAGUGCCGCCUGUCGCUGUCGGUGAACGAGGAGAGCAGAGACCAGCUGAGACGGGACGUGCUGGACCUCGAGCGCCGUCUGAGCCAGGCUCAGGACGCGGCGGAGAACUACCGGAGGGAGGGCGCCGAGCUGCGCCGCGGCCUCGGAGACGCCGCCGCCGAGAGAGACACCAUCAGCCAGUCCAACAAGCUGCUCCGGGAGAACCUGCAGAGCGCCGAGACGGAGCGAAUCAGCGUGAAGCGACGGUGCGAGGAGAAGGAGCAGCAGCUGGCCGUGCUGAGGGAGACGCUGGCCUCCGCCCAGAAGGAGGUGACGGAGCUGCGGAGCUGCCUCAGGGAGGUGGAGCGGUCGCGGCUGGACGCCCGCAGGGAGCUGCAGGAGCUCCGCAGACAGCUGAAGGUUCUGGACGGGGAGAAGGAGCAGAGAGGGAGGGAGGCGGCGGAGCUGCACACCCGUCUGGCGCUGGAGGAGCAGCGGGAGGAGGAGAGAGGGAAGGAGGCGGUCCUGCUCAAACACAAGCUGGCUGAGGCCGAAACGGCCCGAGACGCCCUCAGAAAGGAGCUCUCCGCGACUCAGAGGCGCCUGGCGGAGGCGGAGUCCUGCUGGCGGAGCAGCGAGAGGGAGCUGAGCGCUCAGCUGCAGGACGCCCGCGCCUGCGAGAAGAAGCUGCAGGACGAGGCCAAGAGCCUGUCGCUGCGCGCCCAGUCGGCCCACGACGCGGCCGCCCAGUGCGGCCUGCAGCUCAGCGAGGCGCAGGGCCGGCUGGCCGCCACCGAGGCCGAGCUGGGCCGGGCCGAGGCCGCCCGCCGGGACCUGGACUUCCGCCUCAGCAGCCUCCAGUCGGCGCUGACCCGAACGCUGGGCAUCGGAGCCGGCGGCCGGGGGGGCAGGGGGAGGAGCCCGGGGGGGAGGAGCCCGGGGGGGAGGAGCCCGGGGGGGAGGAGCCCGGGGGGGAGCUCCACGUCCCCCGGAGCCAUGUCACGGCACCAGAGCGCCUCCCCCCUGCGCUGCUCUCUGUCGCCCCCUAAAGAGUUCCGCGUGAGCACCCCCGACAACACCUUGGGCUCGGGGGCCGUGUCUCCGGACGGAGGGGAAACCCCGCUGCUGCUCCCUCAGCUGGAGCUGGAGCCCGACGCGCUGAAGAGCGGCCUCAGGGACUUCCUGCAGGAGCUGCGUGACGCGCAGAGAGAGCGGGACGACGCCCGGUGCCGGUUGGGGGCCGCGCAGCGGGAGGUGGAGGAGCUGAGUCAGGACAGGGCGUCGGCGCUGGGCCGCCUCGCUCAGCUGCAGCUCAGCCUCCAGGAAAACCAAGAAGGGAGACGGGGGCUCGAGGAGCAUCUGGCCACUACUCAGGUUCUUCUGCAGCAGCAGGAGGAGGCAGCGAGGAGAGGGGAGCGAGAGCGGCGCGCGCUGGCCGACAGGGUGAAGGAUCUGGAGCGGGCGCUGCAGACCUGCGAGGCGGAGAAGAGGCACGCUCAGGACCAGUUAAACAAGCAGCGGGCCGUUGAGCUGCGUCUGGAAGCGGAGAGGCGCCGUCUGCGGGAGGCGCUGGAGGCGGCCGAGGCCCGGGCCACCAGGGUGGAGCUGGGGAGGCGCAGCCUGGAGGGGGAGCUGCAGAGGCUCAAGCUGAGCCUGGGCGACCGGGACGCCGACAGCCAGGCCUCGCAGCAGCGCCACGACUCCCUGCUCAAGCAGGUGGCGGAAGGAGAGGUCUGCGUGUCCCGGCUCCAGAGGGAGGUGGACAGGCUGAGCCAGGCUCUGCUCAAAGCUCAGGAGGGGGAGACGCUGCUGAAGGAGAAGGCGGCGGCGCUCACCCAGAGCCUCCAGGAGGCGGCGGCGGCUCACGGCGCCACGCAGACUCGCCUGGCGGCGCUGCAGAAGACGCUGGCGGCGGCGGAGCAGGACAAGAGGCUGCAGCAGGAGCGAAUGGACGAAGCCAGGGCGUCGUUGGCUGACGUGAAGAGAAGCAUGGCCACUCACACCCAGAGCGUCCAGAGCCUGGAGAGCGAGCUGAACCAGAGCGAGCUGAGGCGAGAGGAGCUGGAGGCGGAGCUCCGCAGCACUCAGGAGGUGAAGACCCUGCGGCAGCGCUCCGGCGCGCUGGCGGAGGCUCAGCGCGGCGUCCAGGCGGCGAACGCGGAGCGGGCCGCGGCGGAGGAGCGGCUGCGCGGGCUGCAGCGGGCGGUCGCCACGCUGGAGACGGAGAAGAGGGACGCUGAGAGACAGGCGGUGAGACUGGAGAAGGACAAGAACGCACUGAGGAGCACGCUGGACAAGGUCGAGCGUCAGAAGCUGAAGAGCGAGGAGGGCGGCAUGCGUCUGUCGGCGGAGAAAAGCCGCCUGGACCGCUCUCUGAACGCGGCCGAGCAGGAGCUGCAGGAGGCUCAGCAGCAGAUAGUGACGCUGCAGACGCAGCUGGCUGACAUGGAGCAGGCUCACGGCCUGUGUGAGGACCUGGUGAGGCUCCGUGACGAGUCCCAGCGGGAGGCGGAGCGGCUGAGGACCAGCCUCCGGGACGUGGAGCGAAGCCUGGGCGUCCGAGAGCGAGCUCACCGCCACCGGGUCAAAGGCCUGGAGGAGCAGGUGUCCACGCUGAAGGAACAGCUGCAGCAGGAGAUGAAGCGGCGUCAACCGCUUCUUCCAUCGUCUUUACUGUCGGCAGGGAACUGAGGUGCAGCUUCAGGCCACCGGCACCAGCACCAAAGUUCUGAUCCAGGGAAAAACCACUUGUCACGAAUGUUUGAAAGCAAUGUUACAAAGUGUUCACGAACUAACUCACACUAAAAUGAACAAUACUGUCAUUUUGAUAAUGUAUUAUUAAUGGAAACACAGAACUUAACACUUAGUCUGACACGCUCACACCCAACACUGCCAGAACCAUCUCCCCAAACGUCACCGCAGCCUUUUCCCGUCUGUACAGGACCUGCGAGGAAUGUGUGUGUGUGUGUGUGUGUGUGUGUGUGUGUGUGUGUGUGUGUGUGUGUGUGUGUGUGUGUGUGUGUGUGUGUGUGUGUGUGUGUGUGUGUGUGUGUGUGUGCGCAGAUGACAGAGCUGCUCUGUGAUUUUCUCAUCAAUAGACACAGGUUUUAGAUAAUAGAGAUGAUUUUAAGUGAAAAAGGACCAUUUGACUUCUGUAAUAAGAUGCUAUUGGUUAAUACUAGUUUUAUUAGUUGAAUAGAUUUAAUUUACUGACAGGCCGACAAGUAGCACAUGAAGGCUACACAAUUACAGGAGAAUAAACUCAAUGUGAUGUCCAAUAGAACCCUGCCAGCACAUCGAGCUGCAGCCUCAGACACAGUAAUAAAUGAUGCUCAUACACUUGA